AUGAAGGAAGAGCCUGUGUCCGGGUCGAUACGCGGCGCGGAGCUCUCCGGUUCGGUUUGGCAAUCUCCGGUUAAGCGGAUGGCUUUAGACGGUGCGUGUGGGGAGAGUGGUGACAGGAGUAGGACUAGUUGUAAGAGAAUCAAAACGACUCAGGUCAAUGGUUUCAUCGUUUACACGAGAACUAAGAAGACUAAAUUCACCAAGCGUAAUGAAGAAGAUGAAAACGCUGGUUUUUCGGAAACUAGAGUCUCAGAUCGUCCCGGCGAGUCAAAACCAAGUAUCGGCGUCACAGUUUCUUCAGGUGAUAUGUGUCGCAACGACUCGAUAGCUGAGAGUAACAAUAGACUUGUUGAGAGCCCUGCCGAGAAAAAUGCUAUGGAAGAGCGGUUAGUUACUGGGAGCUUAGCUGAGACUCCGGCAAAAGAAGUGGAUACUGAGAAUAAGAGUUGUUCAUUAGUCGAUGUUGUUAUUGAUGGCAUCCAAUUUGUAGAGUUGUUACAUGAAGCCAUUCCUGUAGAGAUUCUACCAGACGGAAGCUUGGAUCUUGAGGUAGGGAGCGUAAGGGAUAAAGAGAGAACCAUGAGAAAACCCUAUUACACUAAAAAGGAGAAGAAGCAUGGAUCUUUAAAGCGUACAACACAGAUAUAUAAAUCGGUUUUGAGAGUGAAGAAGAUAAACAAUUUGGUGCCUAGGGAUGUAGAGGUUAUGGCAGGAUCGGGAUUUGGACGUGAGGGGUUGAAUGAAGAGUCUCGUUCUGUGAGUUUGGUUGACAAGUCGAGUUUCAUCCGCAACAGGCCAGUAACAGUGAGGGAACUUUUUGAGACCGGUAUACUCGAUGGUGUGUCUGUGGUUUACAUGGGUACUGCUAAGUCUCAAGCCUUUGGUCUCCGUGGCAUCAUUAAAGAUGGUGGAAUUUUGUGCUCAUGUCCCUCCUGUGAUUGGGCUAAUGUUAUUUCAACUUCCAAAUUUGAGAUUCAUGCUAGUAAUCAGUACAGGCGAGCAUCACAAUAUAUUUGCUUUGAGAAUGGUAAGAGCCUGCUAGAUAUUCUGAAGAUUUGUAGGAACGCUCCUCUACAUGCUCUUGUAGCAAGAGUUCUUGAUGCUGUUGAUAGUGAGACUAAAGAAAAAUGCUUCACCUGUAAAAGAUGCAAAGGCGUGCUUCCUUUGUCCUCUCUUGGCCAUCGAGGGUUUCUGUGUUUGUCAUGCUCGGAGGUAGAAAAUUCUCAGGCCAGCCUUGCUGCUACAAUGACCUCUACUAGUGCUCCUUCAUGCAUAGCAUCUCCGGUUGUGCGCAGACUGAAGAUAACAAGAAAGCCAUCAGAAUCCACUUCAAUAUCUACUCUAUCUAUGUCACCACUUGGAAAUAGCGCUCAAAAGAUAACAAGAAAGGCAUUACGUCAAGCUUUGGUUGGGAAGGCUCUCAGUGCUUCUACAAAUAUAUCUUUACAAAAGAAGUGCAGACCUAAAUUUAAGAAGAUGUUGACUCAACAUUCUGUGACCCCCAAGGCGCUAAAAAGCGUGUCCCUUUCUGUUUCUUCAAAAAAGAGGAGUUGUAGAAUAUCGAAAAAGGAUCAGGGAUUUCACAGGUUUGUGUUUGAGGAAGGGGGAUUACCAGAUGGAACUGAACUAGGAUACUAUGGCCGUGGACAGAAAUUGCUCGGAGGCUACAAAAUGGGUGCUGGAAUAUAUUGUUACUGCUGCAAGACUGAGGUGAGCCCCUCUCUGUUCGAAGCUCAUGCAGGCUGGGCAUCUCGUAGAAAACCUUAUUAUUACAUAUAUACAUCUAAUGGUGUGUCUCUUCACGAAUGGGCAAUUACUUUCUCACAAGGUCGGGGAUAUUCAGCUAAUGAAAAUGACAACUUGUGUGUUAUUUGUGCUGAUGGUGGAAAUCUUAUGCUCUGUGAUAGCUGCCCAAGAGCCUUCCACAUAGAAUGUGUUUCCCUUCCAAGUAUUCCUCGUGGUAACUGGCAUUGCAAAUACUGCGAGAAAAAUGCCAAGAGCGAAUUUGUUGGAGAGGACAAUGUUAACUCUUCCACAGCUGGUCAACUAGAAGGAGUUGAUCAUGUUGAUCAGUUAGCUGGACGAUGCAUUCGAGUUGUCAAGAACAUGGAAGCCGAAACAAAUGGGUGUGUACUAUGCAGUGGUUCUGAUUUUUGUAGAUCCGGAUUUGGGCCACGGACAAUUAUAAUAUGUGAUCAGUGUGAAAAGGAGUACCACAUUGGAUGUCUGAGUAGUCAGAACAUUGUGGAUUUAAAGGAAUUACCUAAAGGAAAUUGGUUUUGCUCUAUGGACUGUACGAGGAUCAACUCCACGUUACAAAAACUACUUCUUGGUGUACCGGAAAAGCUUUCAGAUUCUUCUUUGGAAAUAAUACAGAUGAAGCAAGAAAGAAAUUAUGUUAAUCCCGUGAUUCCCGUCAGUCAUCCUGACAUUAGAUGGAGACUGAUAAGUGGCAAAGUAACUUCUCCUGAAAGCCGAAUGUUGCUGUCACAGGCAUUGGCUAUUUUUCAUGAUUGCUUUGAUCCUAUAGUUGAUCCACUUUCUGGGCACAAUCUUAUUCCGAGAAUGGUUUACGGGAAGAGUAUGCAAGGACAAGACUAUGGAGGAAUCUGCUGUGCUGUUUUGACUGUAAAUGCAACUGUUGUUUCUGCUGGACUACUACGAGUAUUUGGCCGAGAGGUUGCAGAACUUCCAUUAGUUGCAACACGCGUGUGCAGCCGAGAGAAGGGCUACUUUCAUUUGCUCUUCUCCUGCGUUGAGAAGCUACUCUCGUCCCUGAAUGUCGAAACCAUCGUGGUUCCAGCAGCUGAAGAAGCAGAGCCCUUAUGGAUGAACAAAUUUGGGUUCAGAAAACUCGCACCUGAACAACUCAGCAAGUAUGUAAAGGUGUGCUACCAAAUGGUGAGGUUCAAAGGAGCGUCUAUGCUGCAGAAACCGGUUCAGUCGCACCAAAUCAUUGACAAGAAAAUCGAGACCGGCGUGUCUUUAGAAGAAAAUUUUGAUUUGAAACAGCCUAAGGAGUCAUGUAUCACAGCUCAUGGAAGGGAGUCAGAAGCUGAUAACACUGGAUUUUCGUUCGUCAACGGCAAGAUAUAUGGAACCAGCAAGGUAUGGUUGGGACGAGCCUGGAAACCCUAUGCUACCGUUGUCUUCUCCAACAUGUUCAUCUCUGGAGUCAUCUCUCCAGACGUAUGGAACGAUUUUGGGGAUCCAACUAGAGACAUGAAGGUUAUUUUGGAGAGCAUAUAUGCUAUGGAGAUGGAACAAACUCCAAGGAAGAAUUUCAUACAGUAA